UGUCAUUAAUUAAUAGUUGUUUAAUCAAACAGCGAUAGAUUGGACCAAAGGUCAUUUGAUUUCACUUCUGUAAUGAUGCGUGGUUGUGUUUAAAUGGUCAAAGGCUUCUUAAUUCUUACGUUAUGUAUGUAAGUGGGAAAAUCCUGCAGGAAGUGUUUGUUGUGGACUGUGGUCAAAUGUAAUUAUUGUUAUGGAAUUGCGCGUUAAUUCGUUCAUUUUCUUCGCGAAUGACAAAUUUUGCAUUAUUACUCGAAUAAUGAACUGAAUAUCAAACGAUUUUGAUUUUACUAUUUAUUCAACGCGAAAGACAGCUUUAUUCGAAUGAAAUUCACGUCAUGGAGUUUUCUGUGAUAGCAACAGCAGCAUGUCUACUGAGUAUUCUAUUCACAGCGAAUGCGUCUGAAAUAAAAUUAACCUAUAAAUGGUCGGCUGCAUUGACGGCGGGAUCUUUACUCCCUUUGGAACAUUUAUCUAGUUAUCACCUAACUGCAGAUUUACACGUUACCGUCGUCGAAAAUAAAUACUUUUUUCUGUUGAAGAACAUUAGCAGUUCAAAUGCGCUUAAGAAUCCAGCAGUAUUGAAUUUACCUUUCGGAUUAACAUUCAAAGAUGAAGGAAUUCAGUUUUAUAAAAGCGAUCCCGAUCAUUCGGAUCGCGACGAGAUAUGGUCGGUUAAUAUAAAAAAGUCACUAGCCGCGUUGUUUCAAAUCAAGAAAAAUGUCGCCGAGGAAGGCGCAUUUAGUCUUAAAGAAAAUAACACCUACGGAACGUGCGAAGUCGAAUAUAUUGCUGUGAAAUCGCCAAAUUCUGCGGCAGUCAAACUUACCAAGCUCAUUAACGAACUUUCGUGUAGUAAUUUACAAGAGAAAAGACGCUCGAAUACGCCUUAUUUCACAUGCCCUUCUGAUUUUCAAGAUGGAAUUGCUAAUCAUAACGAAAGGACGUACUUAUUAUUGCCCGAAGUUCACCCUUUCUUAGAAGAAAUUCGUUCGGUCGGUACUUUGCAUUUUCAACCUUUUCAAGCGCUAGCCGAAGCUCAUUAUAUUCACGUCAACCAAACGUUGAAACUGUUGGGUAUUCAAAAUGACACCGAUGUGCCGCCAUUUAAACCCCCAGCGUUGGUUGCCGAGGAUAUUAAAUUCACCAUCGAAGCGGAUCAUGGUCCAACUUCAGGACGUAUCUCUUCAAAUCAGACAUUGCUGAUUGAGGAAAUUUAUAGUUUAUUGGAGAAUUUAACGGACAGUUUGAACUGGGAACUGAGCACGACGAAUUUAGAUAACCAAACUUCUUUUCAUAUUUUGGAACUCAUGUGGGAAUUGAACGUUCAAGAUUGGGAGAAAUUGUACGAAAAUAUUUCAGUCGGUACCAGUUACACUCAAGAAACUAUUCAACAUUUUUUUUGGGACCUCAUACCUCAGGUUGGAUCCGAAGCAUCGGUCAUCUUCAUCAAAAAUUUGGUCACAUCGAAGAAAGUUCAAGGCAUUUCCGCUUCUCACAUGCUGAUUAUGUUCCCUUUGCAUUUGAAGCGAACCACCGAGAAGUUUUUAGUCGAAUCGGAAGAGUUUUUAAAUUUGAGAGACGUUGACGCGGAAAUUAAAAAUUCCGGUGUGCUGUGUUUCGCAACCAUGAUUUACAAAGUUUGCAGCGAACAAUGCGCCGUCGAGUUACUGGAUAGGUACAUAAAAUAUUUCUUGGAUAAAUUUACGGAGUCCACCAAUUAUCAAGAUCGAAUGGUUUAUUUACAAGCCCUGAGCAACAUGCAGAUCGCUCGUAUAUUGGAUUUUCUGAGUCCAAUAAUCGCGAACCCGUCUUACGGCAGGCAUAUUCGUCAUAUGGCCAUUUGGUGUGUAAUGCCUGCUAUAGAGAAAAAUCGUCAAAAGGCUUCCGAAACUUUCUGGCCAAUAUUCGUAAACGUUAGCGAACCUUUGGAAAUUCGAGUGUCAGCCAUGUCAGUUUUGAUGAUAACGCAGCCGUCCGCUUCCCGUCUUUUAACGUUUUUCUGGCACAUGCAGAAGGAGCCUAAUUACCAUCUUUAUAAUUAUUUCUAUACUACGGUUCAUUCUUACGCCAAUACAAAAUAUCCGUGUUAUAAUAAAAUAGGAAAAAUUGCAUCUCAACUGAGUCGAUAUUUACUACCCAGAGCCUAUCGAUGGGCAACCGGGAAUUACAUUUUGGAUUACGAAGAUUCAGUUCGCGGAUACGGAGGAUUGAUUCACUUCGUAAUUAUUGCCAGCGAGAGAACCGGAUUACCGAGUAAUUUUCAUAUAACCACCGAGCAUCAUUCGCAUGGUCUAAGCUCGCAAUUCACGGUAUUCGUAAAAUUAGAAGGCGUGGUGGACACAGUGUUGAAAACAUUCGAUAUUAACAAUUUUGCAAAGUUACAUCGAACCAUAAAUAUAACGCGAUUCCUUCAGGACAGCACGUUUACGGUCAAACAACCCGAACCUGUUCAUGUCGAAAUAAUGCUCAAAAUUGAUGGAAAUACGUUGUAUUGCAAAUAUUUCAAUCAAACUUCGUUAUUGGAUUUGUUAUUAGCUAUGAAAAAGGCGAGCGCUCUGUAUUACGAAUUCAGCGUGAAUUACCAGCGUUUAAGGUUUCCUCUGAGGUACGAAGUUAUAAAAGUCACCGAUUUGGGGACUCCGGCUGUUUUGCAAAUACGAACAGCGUCUAUGCUGUCUUUAAGGGGCAGCAUUCAGCAGGUGGAGAGUGGAAAAAAUCGCAACGCCGAACUUGAUUUCAGAUAUUCAUUGGAUACAGUUACGAGUUUGAAAACAUACAAUCCUUUCAACAAAGAAUGGUAUGGAACGGAUAGAAGUCGAAGUUUAUACGCGAGAAUUCCGUUUGUCACUCAUUUAUUUGAAAGAGUUCCUAGAAGCGUUUUUGAAGUCACCGCCAAUCGCCAUAAAGAUUUCGCAGAUGAUUCGUUACUUGGCUUAGUGUGGCAUUCGACUAUUAAAUUAUCACCUUCGAAUAGUUCUACUGAUAAAAUUCCAAAAACGAAAAAAUUCGACACACCCUACUUUUCGUUCGAAUCACGUGACUUGGGAGCGCGUUUUGAUGCAAAAAAAUUCGAUUGUCAAGGUGAUAAUGACAUUUUGGAUACGUUGUAUAUUAUUAAAGAAGCAUUUCAACUGUCCAAUAAAAACUAUAAGAUGGUCAUCGGAGGCGUUCCAAUUUUGGGUUUGUAUUCGUUAGCGAAUUAUUUCACCUUUCUUCCUCCUGGAGAUAGCUGCGGCAUUAUUUUAUCUAUGGCUCCGCUCAAGGUUCAACUGGCGCUGCUAAGCGAAGGCAAUAUGCUACGGUUAACCAUGAGAACGGAGAAGGAACAAGAUACAAUAUGGGAUUUAAUAACGCAUUAUAGAGAAAAGGAGAACGACGGGUUUACGAAUAUUGAUUUUAGACUCGAACACUCAAAGUCGGAAAAAAAUCUCACUCUGAUCAACGGUUCGUGGAGGUUGAUUCAGUUCGAGGGUUAUUUCAAUUUCCCAUCAUUCCGGCAAGGUAUUUUGAAUGCGCCCAGUCCUGCCGAAGGGCAUGCUAAACUCGCAUGGGGCAAUGCGCAUCAAGCUACAAGCGUAGAGUUGGAUUUGCACUCGGAUAAUACUGCCAAGAAUUGGCCUUUGAAUUGCGAAAAUGACACCGCCUCGUGUAUACAAGUAGUUAGCAAUUUGGCGACAAAACAAACAAUUAAACUGAACUGCAUUAAUCUGCCAAUUUGGGUAACUACGGCGUUACUUUCUGUAUUUCCUGAUAAUGUUCAAGCUGACAAACAAGCGACAAAAAUACAGUUCUCAAUACCAGCCAAAGUGCCGUGGACAACUCAAGGUAUUUGUGUCAUAAAUAGCAAAAGUGUUCUUAAUUUCGAUAAUGGAACCGUACUCGAAUACAACCAGGACUCCAAUUGUUAUUCCAUUGCCGUGGCUGAAUGUUUUUCAAAUUCUCAGUUCGUGAUUGGAGUAAAACGAUCUAAUGAUUCCGAUAUUUUGGAAAUGAGAAUUAUUUCCACGUUCGCGACGUUAACGCUUUCUUCAAUGGGAAGCAACGAAUCGCAGUCAGUUAGCAUAAAUGAUACUUCUAUUCCUGUUUACAAUAAUUAUCAGCAAUAUCCGAUAUCAAGCAAUGAUUCAAACUUCCUAUUCAAGUAUAAAUAUUGGGAAAAAUCCAGAAUGAUUGAAGUGGUCAUCGGUCAGUCGGGCUUACUCAUCCAAUACUAUGGACAAUCAAUCGUAGCUGUUGCUUCAAGCAGUUUGCGGGGAACCAUGUGUGGCUUAUGCGGUGAUUUUAAUGGCGAAGUCAGCAACGAUGACGGAAUUUCUACUUCUUGUAUAGCUGACCUGGGAGUUGAUUGAUUGCGCGUUUCGUCAAUUAUUUAAAAUUUCAGUAUUUUUUCCUUCAGUAAAUUACACUGGUAUAUUUUCAAGUCGAAAUAUAAUUUUAAUUACUUA